AAGCAAUGGAGUACUACUACUUAUCGUUAUGCUAAGCAAAUCAUUAACGAACGAAUUGGUCGAGGUACCAGAACAUUUGAUGCUCAAUUGGAAGGACAAAUACAAGGAUUACGUGAUACUCAAUUUAAAUAUACAUCGUUAUUACGCUUAAUCAAGCAAUAUAUUAUCCAGUUCAGAGCGGUCUUAAUUACUCAAGCUAGUAUGGGAGAUACCUUUGCUGAUUUAGCCAUUCGAUCGGUUGAUCUUGAAUCGGAAUUUACAUCCAACGCUAAAACUCAGAAAGCGAUCCUAGAGAAUGGUGAAACGAUGAUGGCUGCCAUGAACUUUGUAGUUUCCAGUUUAACGACACUAUGUGAUAAAACUAUGGCAGAUACAUUGGAAACAGUUAAAGUGUACGAAAAUGCUAGGAUAGAAUAUGAUGCUAUUCGUAACGAAGUAGAAAGUUAUCCUGAAACUAAUCAGUCCCCUCGAGCUAUAGCAUUACGACAUGAAUUCGGCUCGGCAAAAGAAAAAUUUGAAAAGUUAAGAAAUGAUGUUAGCGUAAAACUUAAAUUUUUAGAAGAAAACAAGGCCAAAGUUAUGCAUAAGCAACUAGUUUUAUUUCAUGACGCAUUUUGUGCCUACUUCAGUGGAAAUCAAGAAGCUUUACAGACUAUUGUUCGUGAUUUUCAUUUGAAACUCACUACGCAAAAAAGCACGAAGAAGCCGUCAUUUUUAGAA